CUGUUUCACUGUCUCAAUAGAUUCUCUUCUUCUCCUCUUUCUCUCCCCAUAAAACUCCGUCUUCACUCUCUCCUUAACAUCCGCAAGCGUUCACUUGAAGAAAAUACUCUAAUUUAACCCACUUUUGUUUUGUCUCAAAAUGACGUUAAGUUCCGGGGAUCAAAACAGGCGUUUAACCAAGUCCCAUGGAGCCCCACCCCCGGAACAAGAGCAACUGCUUUGUCCACGCUGUGACUCCACAAACACUAAGUUUUGCUACUACAACAACUAUAACUUCUCUCAGCCUCGCUAUUUCUGUAAGUCCUGUCGCCGUUACUGGACUCAUGGUGGCACCCUUAGGGACAUCCCUAUCGGCGGUGGUACCAGGAAAAAUGCUAAGCGUUCACGCAGCAACAGCACCACAACCACCCAUGGCACAGCUUUUUCUGCAACCAACACUGCCACCACCACCACGGCCACUAAUCAUCAUAACUUCCCAUUACCUACCACCCCCGUUUUGUCGCCAAUCUCUACCAAUCAGGGAAGUAUUGGUAUUGGUGGAGAGUCCAAGGGCAAUAUUUUUGGAAGUUUUACUUCAUUGUUGAAUACUCAGGGGCCUGGUUUUCUAGCUCUUGGUGGAUUUGGGCAUGGUAUUUCUCCAACGCUCGAGGAUAUUGGAUUUGGGCUUGGAAGAGGAAUGUGGCCUUUUACGGGCGUAGGAGAUGGAACUGCUGCUGCUUCUGUUGUUGGUGGGCGUGGCAAUGUUGGGGCUGCCAUGGGAAUGGGGAAUAUAUGGCAGUUUGAAGGUGGAGAGCCUGGUUCUGUUGGCGGGGAUUGCUUUUCUUGGCCUGAUAUUGCCAUUUCAACCCCUGGAAAUACUGCCAAGUGAAUCUUCUCUUUAGGUUUCUUUAUCUUCUUAAUGUUUCUAGUACGAGGUGAAUAUAGUGAGUGCCGAGAGUAAACUAUUAGCUACAUGCAAAUACAAAUAGGACUAUGACUUUUCUUUAUUGUUCUUUGGUGAGUUAAUGCCAUGGGAUUUGGUUUGUUUUGUCUGCCAUUUUUAUGCAAAGA